AGGGUGUGUGUCAGGACAUUUCUCAGCUACGAGUUGCCAAGUGACGGUUGCCUAAAUCAGUCUCAGUAGCAUAACCUCACACACCUCAGUGCCUUGUUCAGUUAUGUUAAAAGGUAGCCUACACAUUCAACGCGACAUUUAAUUUACCUUUCGGUGGUGGAUUGACUUUUCCUGCCAACGCAACUCAUCAAUAUACUGAAAACUCACUGACCAAACUUUCCAGGCCGAUGGCGUAUGCACAGAUCAAGAGUUUUGUGAUUUUGUCACUGGGGCUGCUGUUUUUCUUGGUUCUGUGGUUGUAUAUUUACGAUGACUGGAAAGGUGCUAAGCCUCUUCCCAGGCCUCUCCAGCAGCAAUCCAGGAAUGGAUCCUACAGAGUCGCUAUCAACACACAAAUGCUCAGAAACCCAGAGGCCUCUCCAGCCCCCGCCAUGAAGUACCCAGGCCUGGGUGCCGAGGAGUGGGACCGGAUACAGAGGACACUCCACUGGGGUGGACCGGACCACCAGGUCACCAGAAUCAAAAUGAGCACCAGCCCCGACAUCUCCACCUUCAUCAUUAAUGACUUCAAGGACACUUACCAUGUGGGAGAUGAACUCCGCGUCACCAUUGUUGCCAAGGACUUCACCGGUGCACCGAAACGCUAUGGAGGGGAUUUCUUCCAGGCAAAGGUUUAUUCAGACAAACUAAAGGCCAGUGUGUUUGGAGAGGUACUGGACCACCAGAACGGCACCUACUUGGCCCGCUUCACUCUGCCCUGGGCGGGCGAGGCGUCGGUGGCGGUCCGUAUGAUUCACUCCAGCGAGGCCGUGUUGGUCCUCAAACAGCACCAGAACACGGACCCCGACCGCAUCUACUUCUAUGGCUUCUUUGUGGGCAAGAACCCCCAGGGUGCCCGAGUGGUGGAGAGUGUGGAGUGCAACGUGAAAUGGGACGGACUGGUGCUGUCGACCCAGAGGAACUGCUGCUGUGAGUACCAGGAUGCCCGCACGAGGCUGACCUGGCAGUGCCGCAAACCCCGCAGUCUGCCCUGUGACGCCCUGGUGGACCACUCUGCGGGCGGCUACAGGAAUCGCAUGACAGCCCCCGAGAAGGUAGUAAUGAACAGUAAACGUGUGAACCGGUGGCUGAAGGGUGAUGCACGCCUGAUUAGAGUCAACGCCUCCAAUGCAACUAUUGGAGUGAGAGAGCUGUGUAAACCUGGACUGCCCACGCCGAUACCAGCAGGAUUUUACCUGAAGGACGUCUGGACAUCAUUUGUGUGCGCCGCUCGUCACUUUGCAGCGAACAACAGAGUCCAGUGUCUGAAGGACAAGCACAUCUACAUUAUGGGAGACUCAACUAGCAGGCAGUGGUUUGACUUCCUCAUCAAGACUGUCCCCACUCUAAAGCACAUGAACCUCCACACCGCUGACCAAGCCGGGCCCUUAUUGGCCGUGGACACGCAGAACAACAUCGACCUGCACUGGCGCUGCCAUGGACUGCCCUUACGCUCCAGAAAGACCCCAAUGUCGGCGCUUCACUACGUGAGCAACGAGAUCGACGACAUGGUCGGUGGACCGCACACGGUCAUCGUCUUCAACAUGUGGGCACACUUCACCAACUACCCGCUCUCAUUCUUUGCCUAUCGUGUGUUUCUGGUUCGCCGCGCCGUCGUGGCACUGCUUAAACGGGCGCCAGGGACCAAGGUCGUCAUCAAGACAGCCAACACGGGCUACAAGGAUAUCUUUGGCAGUGACUGGUUUUCCAUGCAGCUGGACCGAAUCUUACGAGAAGCGUUCCGUGACAUGGAAGUCUACAUCCUGGACGUGUGGCAGAUGACCGCCUGCCACUACAGCAGAGAUAACAUCCAUCCUCCCUCCGUGGUCAUCAAAAACGAAAUUGACAUUCUUCUGUCCUUUAUGUGCCCCCAGUAAAGAGCCAAAGCCUCCUGACCCUCCAGUCCAACGCCUUCUCUUGGUGUCCUAAUGGCACCUGGCCAUCUUGACUGACUCACUCUCUCGCUCGACUGGUUCCAGCACACCUGACACUCAGCACACAAGACCUGCAGGUGCCACUGAGAACAGACAUUUGACCCUUUGUGUCACUGUGCCCCUGCCUGUGCAUACGUUUGGAGUGAUGUCACUGUUUUCAGUUGCCAUUCGGUUUGCUGCCCCCUGCUGUUCCUCCUCACUCCCUCUCCUCUUUAGGUUGAAGUCUAUUCCAGACAUGGAAAGUUAGGGAAUGUUAUUGUUUUGUGGGACAAAGUUAUAGAAUAUGAAGGAAUUUUGUUGUAGCUAUUUUAAAUUCACUCUCCAAAAUAUAUUAAUGCAAAUAUAUGUAUACAUAGAAUAAAUAGUAAUUUGCUGUACUGCUUGCUUGUGUGGCUGUGGUUAGCCCAACUUUGCUUAUUCAAUGCCCAUUUAUUCAUCUCCCACUCAUUCAGUAUAUCAGGCAGCAAAAUCAAGUUAAAUCACCCUAAUGCUACGUCUCAGUUCAAUUGAAUCUAACAUUUUCUCCUUCUCCCCCUCCUCCGCCUUUAGUGCUUCCCUUCUUCCCUCAACAUGGGUCGUCUACCUCUUCUUGCCUACAGACCUCUAGUCUUAUAAGAUGCAAAUGAUCUGCUUGCACGUUAUAUGUGUGGUUUUUUAUUAUUAUUAUUUUAAGAAUGAAGAGGCCUACUGCCUUUUUGCAGAAAAGGGGGACUUUUAUAUAUAAAUAUACAUAUUUGGGCUUUUAUGCCUUUAAUCAGAUAGGAUAGUAGAGACUGACCGGAAGAUCAGAGACGGUGCUUUGCAUUGGAUGGGGUUUGUACAUCAGAGUCUGACUGCAUUUUGACUCAGUUUUGACUCAGUUCCUUCACCAUCUCACCACCGUUAUGUGACCCUUCAAAGCGAAAUCAGUCGCUUUGCGCACAACGUUAUUUUGAGAGAAUCCACAACAAACAAAUGUUGAAAAGGUUAAAAUGUUGAAUUUCACGUUUUCGCAUAAUUCGACAGUAUACAGUCUACAGUUUCAUAUUGUGAAGUAAUUUUACGGAAAAACAUAAGUUUUGACUGUUAAACCCGGCGAAGAUUCAACACAUUUGCAGUCAUUCCCGUUGUCCACGCUGCUUAAAAAGGUGAUUCUUCUGGCAUAUCGUGACAGGAGAACCAUGUCAACUUUGGAUGCGGUUAUUUUAGUGAUAGUUUGUGUAAUACCCUCGAUGUACAUAUCGUUGAAAAAGUUGUAUAGGGUCUCUUAGUCAUAAAAUUGCUUAGAAAUUGCUGUUUUGCUUGACUGACCAGUUUUAUCGAAACCAGUAAUAUUUCCUCCCGGCCCCAGUGUCCCUAUCCGCUAUUGCAACCUUGCAGUUUGUUCAGGAGACGAUCGCUCCUUGUUUACAUCUGGAAGGCUGAGACGCGUAAGGAACAAGAAGAACCACGCUUGCAAUUUAUAUAUUUAUAUAUAGCCUAUAUAUGUAUAAAUAUACACGCUAAAGCUGUCGGGAAGCUCUGCAGAGAAAUAUGCCAGCAUAAAAUGAGCGAAAACGAAAAACAAAACCGAAACCGGAGAUGAAAUCGCCAAUCCUGCAUAGUUUCUCUUUAAUUUUGUAAAUUUUAUCGAAGCGACUGGUUUUGCUUUGCAGGGUCACAUAUUU